AUGGAUUUUCGAACUGGAAGAAGUCUGAAAAAUAGUAUGACUCAUAUCGACAAGGCGAUUGUACUAGCAUCUGCAAAAAUGAUUGGAAAUGCAAGGCAAAGGCUUAAAGUUACAAUUGAUUCCAUCAAGUGGUUAACAUUCCAAGCUUGUGCUUUUAGAGGCCAUGAUGAAUCUCCAGGAUCCAUAAAUCAGGGUAAUUUCCUUGAACUGAUAAAGUCAUUGGCUUUGUAUAACAAGGAGGUGAAUGAGGUUGUCCUACAAAAUGCUCCACGCAAUGCUAAGUACACAUCUGGAGAGGUACAACAAGAAAUUCUUCAGUUACUAUCUUGUAGAGUGCAGAAAAAUAUUAUAGAAGAAAUUGGUACUAGCAAGUUCUGUAUAAUGGUGGACGAAACUCGAGAUGAAUCCAAAAAAGAGCAGAUGGCAUUGGUCAUUCGAUUUGUUAACAAGGAAGGGUUUAUAAAGGAGCGGUUCCUUGAUGUUAUUCAUGUAAAAGACACAGUUGCAUCGACUCUGAAGGAUGCAAUUUGUGCUGUCCUUGUUGAUAAUAAUCUGAAUGUGCAAGAUAUCAGAGGACAAGGAUACAACGGGGCAAGCAACAUGAGAGGGGAAUGGAAUGGACUGAAGGCUCUUAUUCUGAACGAGUGCCCUUAUGCAUAUUAUGUCCAUUGCAUGGCUCAUCAGUUACAGUUGGCUCUUGUUGCAGCAUCAAGAGAAGUGCCUGAUGUGCACAAUUUUUUUCAGCAUGCAAAUUUCAUCAUAAAUGUGGUUCGUGCGUCGUCUAAACGCAAUGAUGAGUUACUUGCAAAACAAGCUAUUGAGAUUGCACGUGAAAUUGAAUUGGGAGAGCUUGAUAGAGGCAAAGGGGCAAAUCAAAUAGGCUUUUUACAGAGACCAGGGUACACUAGAUGGAGCUCUCACUUCAAGUCAAUUCACAGCUUGCGAAAGAUGUUUGUGCUACAAUUGCAGUCCUAA